UGUCCGAGCGGUACUGUACUACCGAGUGGAUUGUGGUCCAACUGGCCGCGCGGACGUCUGUGUGUGCCGUCGGCGCAGUUCGGUGGACUGGGACUGUCGUGGUCCGCCGCACUGGCAGCAGCGCAGCUGCUCUCGGCCGACGAAGCGACGGAGAAACAGAGAGAUCGUUGGCCGCCGUCCCGAUUUCAGCGCUCUCGUCUCGCGAUGUGAUAAUAAUAAUCAUCAUCGUCGUCACCGCCGCCGCCGCCGCCGCUACCACCGCACCACUACUCACCAGUUACCGCACACCGUUCACGCGUAAACAAUAUCGUAGUACAUAAUUACCAAUCGUCCAUUUUUUUUUUUUUUUUUUUUUUUUUUUUUUUAACUUUUCAUUAUCUCUACACUUUCGCCAGCGAUUUAUCGAACAAUAACAAUAUCUCAGCCGUUUCGUAUUUUCGUCCGUCGCAAUUCCACCGAUUGUCGGGCCGUGCGUGCUGUAUUAUCGGUCGUCCGUCCGGUAAAACCCGCUGGAUCGCGAUCUAUUUUCUUUUCGAUCGUCUCUCGUUGGUACGUGUCGUCAGACCGUUGUCUAGUGUCGUCUAGUCGACACCGUGUUUCGUGAAAAAUCGUGAAAACCCCUCGUGUCUCGUACGCGUUCGUUUUGUACUGCAUCGUGUCUCCAACGACCGUCCGAUUUUUCUCGGUUCCAAGCAAACAUGACUUCCAACGACGAUCUCAUGCAAAAGACGAUGUUGAUCAUCGAACACAAAAUCAGAAACCUGGAAAAACGCAAGCUGAAAUUAGAAGGAUACCUCCAACAACAAGAGGAAGGAGUACAAUUGAGUGAUGAUCAGUUACUAGCUGCAUCGAAGUUUAGUGAAGUAGUUAGCACUUUGGAUUUCGCAAGAAAUCUGAAAGACCAGUUAAAUACUCUUUUAAUAACAGCAAAACAAAUCAGAAAUAGUACAAAUGGUGAAAAGAUUCCUACCAAAGUUGAUAGUAAAAUCAAGCAAGUUUUAAAUUUUCAGAAUAUACUAGAAAGUAUUAAAGAUGACUCUGUGAAACAAGAUUUAUUAUCUGGUAAUAAUGGUGCAGUACAAUUGACUGAUGAUGAGCUUUCAAAAUUAUCACAUUUUUCCAAAAUGGUUUCACCAAAACGGAGAGUAGAGGAAGGAAAACCACUUUUCGAGGAUCAACUUAAGACUGUUUCCAAACACUAUAUGAAGCUUAUAGAGAGUAAACCUAAUAUUGUAGCUGGUACAAGUUAUGCCCAUUUAAAAGAAUGUUUGUUAAAAAUUGAAAAAAGUGGUUAUCUGAACAAUAUAGUAAAACUAAAACAUGUUGAUAAAGAAGUUAAUACAACUAAUGAAGAUAAUAGUUUAGAAUCAAAUACGUUUCAAAAUGCACACCAACCAAUAGUUUCCACAAGUGAUGUACCUGAUGUACCUGAUAAUAUACCAAUGUCUAGCAUUCCUAAUGUAGAAUUUACUCCAAAUAAAAUUGAAACAAUUUAUUUUACAAAUAAUAAUAUUGGUGGAAAUACAGUUGAUCAAAACCUACAAAAAAGUAAAAACACCACAGAUUCAGUAUUUAAUACAUCAUUUGACUUUCUACAGGAUUCUCAGCUUGAAGAAGAAAUUAUAAGUGUUGACCUGAAUUCUAUACCAACUCAAACAUUUUCAUCUUCUAUGUACAGUAAUCAUGGACCAACAGAUGAUGCAAUUUUAAAAAUACUCUCUACUCCUCCACAACAUCAACCAUUGGUAACAAAUCAAAAUCAUUUAGAAAAUGUUGUGGAUGUAAAUGUUUCUAACCCUAAUUCCUGGACAGGAAAAACUGAAGUAAACUGGCAAAAUAGAACAGAAUCAGCAGAUAGUAAUAAUUUACCUAGAGAAAACUGGUCAAUGGCUCAAAUGAUUAAUAACAGCACAAAUAAUGAUUGGCUCACAAAGAAUAAUUGGGUUCAAAUGGCUGAAGUAGAUAAACAAAACCAAGUACCAGUACAACCAACUCAACCAUCACCCAAAAAUUCCUCUUCUAAUUUCGGUUUAGUUACUAAUGGAUAUACAGAAAAUUUUGAUGAAUUAUUGCAAAAAUCAGUGGUUUUCAAUAAACAAGAAUCAUACCCUGUUACUACUUCCUCUAAUAAUUCAACAUACUAUCAAACUAAUUAUGGGCAGCAAUCGCUUGAACGUAACAUUGGGCAUUAUACUAAUUCUAAUGGUAGUAAUCCUAGGAGUCACUCAAAUGAUUAUAAUAAAAGAUCUACUUCCAUGAAACCUAAAGCUUCAUAUGCAGGAGAAGGAGGACCAUCUAGAGGUUAUCAACAAGGCAACUCAUAUGUUUACAAUAAUCGCUCGUAUAAGUCCAAUAGCAACAACUCUAAUAAUGAGUAUUCUAGAAUCUCGCGGCAAACAUAAUGAAAACUAAACUACGUACAAUUCAUUGCCCUAUUUAAUAUUCUACUGUGCAAAUUGAACAGUACACAUUAUGUUUAUUAAAUAGAACUUAUUACAUAAUACUUUAAAGUCUAUAUAUGUUUCUAUAGGGUCUAGAUAAUACCAAAUACUAUUAUAUCUUCUUAAUUGAAUCGCCCAUAUUUUUUUCUAUCUUUAUUAAGUAUUUGAAUUUACUGAACACAAAAUAUGCACUUAUGUCAAUCUAUAUAUAUAAUAUUUUUUUUUCUUGAAUUGUGACUGUAUACUUAAAAAAAAAUAGCAAUUUAAAAUUGCAUGAAGUAGAUAAACGUUAAUGUUUUCUGAGUUAAUUAAUUUUGUUAAUUUUUUUUUGUGAAUGUUAUUACAAUAUAUGUAUCUGAAAUUAAUAAACUACUAAGUCGGGGAUA